AGCAUCAAAGGCGUAUCACGGACAUGCGUUGACGGCUGGUUAUCACUCUCACACAAACCUGAGACUGUCUAAAUAAUAUUGGAUGUUUCUUACGCGACUUUCGAUUGGAAAAUAUUGUUGAGAAUGGAGGCUGCCAGACUGGGGUUUUGACCAUCAAAUGGACGUCUGCAAAUGAUAGUUUUCCGUGAGCGGCGGGAGCAUCCUGUUGAUCUGAAGGUUAAUGUGGGAUGUCAGGAAGAGAGUGGUGGUAAUUCAAUACUCAAAGAGUUGAAAAUGAUGGAUACACAGCGUGCAUUGAUUGCAGUGGAGCGUCUGCAGGAGAGGCUGAAGGAGAGGGGAGAGCUGCCCACUGAGGAAAAACUCAGUCUGCUCAAGAGUGUCUUACAGAGUCCCCUGUUCCACCAGAUACUCAUCAUGCAAGAGACUGGACAACAGCAUCAGCAACACCAGGUUUCUCCCAGAACAUCUCAGUCUGUGAGUGAUGAUGUGGAUGGUUUGAGUGCAUCCCACCCCUCCUACAUUCUGAGGCACAGAGACUCCUACCUCUCAGCCCAACGACACAAUGACCACUGUCGAUCCAACAAUCAUGUGACUUUUGCAACCUGCAUCACAGAGGAUAUUUCAGUACUGCAGUCCGUGGCCCAGGGUCGGACUGUGCUUAGUUUUGACCUGGAGAAGGGAGAGAGCGCUUUAGGCAUCAACAUUAUUGGUGUGGAGACUGAAGGCAGUAGCGGUCAUGGUAUCUUCAUACAGGAGAUUCAGUCAGGCUCAGUUGCAUACAGUGAUGGACGUCUUCAUGAGGCUGAUCAGAUUUUAGCAGUGAAUGGAACACAGUUUGACUCAUCAGUAACACAGGAGCAAGCUGUCAAGGUUCUGCAGGAGGCUGCCCCCAUGGUAACCUUGAUUGUAGCCAGAGGGCCAAUCCCCAGAUUCAGCCCACCACCACGGAUGAGCCACACUGUCUCUCUCAAAAACCUCCCUGGCCUUGCUGAACAAUUCAGUCCUCGACAAAUUCAUCUGAUUGAGCUACAGAAUGAUGGAUUGGGUCUGGGCUUUGGCAUUGUGGGCGGGAGGAGUACUGGCAUCAUGGUUAAAACCAUCCUAACUGAUGGGGUAGCUGGAAAGGAUGGUAGGUUGCGUAGUGGAGAUCUUCUCCUCAGGAUCGGUGAUGUGGAUGUGUCCUCCAUGGGCAGUGAGGAAGUGGCACGGGAGCUCCGACUCGCUGGUUCCAAAGUGAGACUUCUCAUCGCCAGGGAAACAACUGAUGUUGACCUUUCACCCCCCAUCACCCAGCAACAGGACAUUCUGGUGCGGAGACAGGAUUUAGUAGAGCGAAAGGAAAACCCAAUCAGUGUCAGAUUCACUAAUGGCAAGAAUGGUUUGGACAUCAACAAUGCCAAAUCAAUGGAAAACUUGAACGCAGAGUCCAGUGGGUUUGUAGGAAAGAGCAUACUAAAGGGAAGUGCAGUGGAUCAGGAUGGAAAAAUUCACAUUGGAGAUCACAUCAUUACUGUGGAUGGUCAGAGUCUACACAACAGCAGUGAACAGAAAGCAGAAGAAAUUCUGCAUUUCUCUGGCCAGCAUGAGGAGAUAUCUCUUCUGAGAAGGGACACACAAUCUGAAACACAAACAACCCCUAUAAUAUCCACAAUCUCCCAGAGACCUUUGACCCCACUGGGUCUCCUGCCCCCUCCACUGCCACCAUGUCUACCAGAGCCAAAGCCAGUUCUGCCCCCAGGAAAAGUUCUCUAUACUGAACGCCGCGACCUCACCUUCAAUAGAGAGCACAUUGAUACAAAGCAAACCAGUUAUUUGGAGUCCAAGCUGGAGAACAGUAGCCACCAGUUUUCCCUAGCCAGACUAUCUGAGGAAGAGGAAACACUGAAGGAGAAGUGGCAAAGCAAACUGGACCCUCAAUAUGAAGUCAUGGUGGUCCAGGUCCAGAAGUUUAGUGAGAGCAGUGGUCUUGGUGUGAGUCUGGAGGCUAAGGAAGGUCAUCAUUAUAUCUGCUCUAUAUUGCCAGAGGGUCCAGUGGGACAGACAGGAGUCAUACGCCCUGGAGAUGAGCUGCUAGAGGUGAAUGGGAUCUCACUGAUUGGUGAGUCACAUAAGGAAGUGGUGAGCUUGCUGAAGGAGCUUCCUGUGUGCGUUUGUUUGGCAUGUAGUCGUCUCAUCCCAUCCACACUCACUGAGGAAGAUGAUGAUGACGAUGAUGUACAACUCACCCUCAAGGAGCUACUGGCAGAAUUUAAUGAAAAGGCUGAGAAGAAUUUGUUUGGUGGUUUUGGUGCCCGCAAAGAGGAUGAUGGGAAGGCAGAGGCUCCUGUGCUAUCCCAUCAGGCCAUGUGGGAGAACGAGAUUCAAGUAUAUGAGCUGCAGAAAGGAGAUUCUGGACUGGGAUUCAGCAUACUAGACUACCAGGACCCCAUGAACCCAGGGCAGACUGUGAUAGUGAUCCGCUCUCUUGUAGCAGGUGGUUUGGCAGAGAGAGAUGGCAGGUUGUUGCCAGGCGACCGACUGAUGUUUGUCAACGGGACUGACUUGAGUCAUGCUAGUCUGGCUCAGGCUGUUCAUGCCUUGAAGAGCACCAGUUUGGGCACUGUAUGCAUAGGAGUCUCAAAACCCUUACCGGAAAAUGACACCCAGGGCACAGAAGCUGAUGUAACAGGCAACUGUCUCUCAGCACAUAACAACCAGCUUGGCACUCUGCAGAAAAACUCCCACUCUCAGAAUAGCAAGAUGGAGAAUGAUUCUAAACCCAUUUCUGCCCACUCCAGUGGCUAUGAGAGAACCAUAACUGUAGUCAGGGGAAACUCCAAUCUGGGUAUGACAGUGAGUGCCUUAAGGGACGGUUCAGGCAUGAUAAUCCGUUCUGUGGUUCAUGGCGGAUCGAUCAGUAAGGAUGGGAGACUGGCAGUAGGAGAUGGAAUCAUUGCCAUCAAUGGAGAAUCCACCACCAAUCUGACCAAUGCACAAGCCAGAGCUAUGCUACGCAGACAUUCACUGACUGGACCUGAUCUCAGUGUGACGUACAUACCUGCUGCCUUCCUUGACACGCACAGAGCCAGUUGUGCCCAGUCAAAUCAGGAAAUGGAAAUACACACAACUGCCACUGUCCAAUCCAGCCACACUCACAAUCGACAUUUCAAACCCCUAGAAUGCAUUUCUGAACAACAAAGUACAGUGGAUGGUACAGGAGUUAAUGGAAAGACUCACGCAGAAGAAGAGAAGGAAAGAAUAGAUAACCACAGUCAGAUGAGACAAAAAGAGAACGGUGAAAGCCAGUAUGGAGAUAAAAAGGUAAAGGAUGAAAGAACAGCCUUGCAGAGUGAGAAUGGACAGACAGGAUGGAAAGACAAAGACAGAGAAAAAGAAGAAACACAAGGGAAGGAUCAUGGCUCAUGGAGUAAACCUAGAAGAGUAACAUUAUUCAGGGCAAGUGGUACAAGUCUCGGCAUCAGUGUGGUGGGGGGCCGUGGUAUGGGCUGUCGACUGAGCAAUGGAGACAUGAGGCGGGGAAUCUUCAUAAAAAAUAUUGCUGAAGACAGUCCAGCAGCAUGCAACUGCAUUCUGAAAGAAGGAGACUGCAUUCUUCAGGUUAACGGUGUAGAUUUGAGUGAUUUUACUCAUGAAGAAGCCGUUGAGGCGAUUCGUGGAGCAGGAAACAGAGUAGAACUACUAGUACAGAGUCCUCUGGUUUCAGCCCCUCUCACCUGCCCUGAUAAAGAUAAACUGUCAAAAUUGAGUUCACGAAAUCAAAAGGAACUUGACAUGGCCAAUAAUCUCUUGCACCUCUCCCCAAACUACCCCUUCAGCCCCACCCCUUUUAAGCGUACAGUAGACCAGAAGUUGGGGAAGCCUCCAAAGUCAGUUCCUCCACUCCUGAAAAAGCCCUCCAGGCCUGAUGACACAGAAACAGAUGGAGCACAGAGUGUUCCAGAGAGACCACCCCUGCCAGAAGAGAUCUCACAUCAUCAGAGUGAGCCAGAGCAGGACUCCUACUGGAGUCGCAUGCUCCAGAGGUAUGGCAGUCUGCCUGGGGAGCUGCACGUGUUUGAGCUGGACUGUGGCUCACACAGCUCUGGGCUGGGAGUGUGUUUGUCAGGAAACAGAGAUGCAGCGCGUGGAAGGAUGAGUGUGUAUGUAUCAGAGAUCAAACCAGACGGGGCUGCUGCCGCAGACGGUCGGGUCAGGGUGGGCGAUGAACUGCUGGAGAUAAAUGGACAGGUGCUAUAUGGCCGCAGUCACCAGAAUGCUACAGCAAUCAUCAACAACACACCAGCUAAAGUCACGAUUCUGCUCACCAGGAACAAAGCUGCACUGAAACAAAUGGCUACAGGACAAGUAGUGGAGGUGAACAGCUGUCCUGAAGUUCAACAUUCAUUUUUAUCACAGGAUGGAAGGAUCAAAAGAGAGGAUAAACUUAAGUCCCACUCCCUGGAGAGGCUCAAUGCUGAUCUUCCUGCUCCAAUCAAUGCCACAUCUAAUCACAAGCCUUCCUGUCAUCCUGCCAGUCACAUACCCCCCAGCCACUGUGCCCCUCCGCCAUCUGACAUAUCAUCAGCUGAUGAGAGCAGCUACAGCAGCACCUCAGCCAAUCAGAGCUUUCGCUUGGGGCCUCACAGCACUUCUUAUUUGGCCCAGUGUUCUGUGAGCUCGGACCCCCUGACAUGCCCCAUCAUACCUGGUUACAUAAAUACCAUAGAUAUCUGCAAGGGCCAUACUGGACUUGGCCUCAGCAUAGUAGGAGGCUGCAACACAGUACUGGGUGUAAUCAUGAUUCAUGAAGUGAAUCAGGGUGGUGCAGCACACAGAGAUGGCCGGUUGUGGGCAGGAGAUCAUUUACUAGAGGUGAACGGCAUUGAUCUGAGAAUGGCCACUCAUGAGGAAGCCUUGAGCGUCCUGCGCUUGAGUCAACAGCAUGUGCGGCUGUGUGUAUACAGAGAACCUGUCACAAACACACAGCAGAACCACAGCACACACACACUCCAGAACCAGAAACCUGAGGACAUGUGGGACCUCUUCAGUGUUGAACUACAGUUAAAAGCAGGACAGGGACUUGGGUUUUGCAUUGUGGGUAAAAGGAAUGACACGGGAAUCUUUGUGUCUGAGAUAACAAGAGGAGGGUUGGCAGACCUGGAUGGAGGACUGUUGCUAGGUGACCAGAUUUUGUCUGUGAAUGGGGAGGACAUCAGAGCUGUAUCACAGGACUAUGCCAAAGCACUACUGCAGAGUUGUAGUGAGUCUGUGCUUUUGGAGGUGGCACGUUUUAAAGCUUUACCGCACUACUCAUAUGAGGACCAGGUCGGCAAGGUGGAUGUGCCUCCUCUCUCCUCUCUCAGCAUACAUGAUUCUGCGGAUGGGAAUUUGGACAUCAGAACUGUCACCAUUCAGAAGCAUGAGUGUGAGUCUGUGGAGCUGGCAGUGAGAGACACACAGGGGGACGCAAUGAUUUACAUCUCCAACCUGGAUUCAACCACACCUGCAGCACGCUCCGGUCUCCUGCAGCUAGGUGCCAGGGUCAUCAGCAUUAACGGUACAUCAACAGAAAGUCUCUCAGUCACUGAGGCAAAUACACUCCUGAGAAACAGUAGUGGAGCCAUCACACUGCAGGUGAUGCUAAGUUGCAGUGCAGGUGGAUCUGGAUUCAGUAAAGAUCAGCCAUCUGUAAUUCAUUCCAACAACUCUACCCACAACCACCAGAGUUCUCCUCAGUUCCAGGCUAUCGCUCUUGAACGUGGCUCAGCUGGGCUUGGCUUCAGUAUUGUGGGAGGAUUUGGCAGUUCCCAUGGUGAUUUACCCAUCUACAUCAAAAAUAUUUUCCCCAAGGGAGCUGCUGUGGAGGAUGGGCGUCUGUGCCAUGGUGAUCAGCUGCUGGCGGUAAAUGGGCGGAGUCUGGAAGGUGUCACUCACUCUGAGGCAGUCGAGCUUCUGAGACAGACCAGUGGGACAGUAACUCUACAAGUCCUCUCCAAUAGACUACCAACAUGCUGAUAACGCCUCACAGAAUACUGCAUGUUUUCAGCAUCCUUCUGAAACUGUUUCCGCAAGAUCUUCCUCUCAAAAGAACGUCUCACAAAAACAUCUUUCUUAAAUGCAGAGUGAUUCCACAAUCAAAGAAUCAGAGUUAAAAUGUGACAAAUAUUGAGCAUAAAGUGGGAGAAGCCAAUAGGUAUUAGUGCUAAACCAUGAUUCUUUUACUAAAAAAUACCAGCUGUUUUUGUACUGUACCAACUGUUUUUCAUAUCACUAUAGAUUUGUAACAAUGUUCAGUAAUUCACAUUCACAUUUCAGCCUUCAAUCCUUCCAUGAAUAGUAUUAAGAUAUUAAAAAAGGGAAUAGCUAAUUCAGUGUGUUCACAUUAUGCAUAAUUGUUCAUAAGCAAGGUUUAAGUAUUUGAUAAAUACACAGGUCAAUCAUGCAAUAAAACAUUUAUGAAACUUAAUAGCAGGAUUAAUUUAAUAGAAAAAAAAUUCUUAACGUAACAUAAUAAUGAACCAUAAUCAGUGUUUGUAUACGUUGUCAGAUCCAUUGCAUGCACUUUAGCCCUGUACUUUGCCCCUUUAGAAAGAUAAUCAGCAUUCAUAUAUUUUUCUUUUUCAUGUAAAUGUACCUGUAUAAUUAAUAUAUUAUUUAAUUUUACUGCUGUACAUAAUGACCUAAUAAAGUCUUCAUGUUAGUCUACAAGCAUUGAGAAGUAGACUGAUGUUCAUUUUAGCUCCAGUAAAAAUACACUUCCUAUAGAUGUUUACUCACUUCUCCUAGAUAUAC